GCUCGUCUCGACGCCUUCUUCACUCUACCUCUCGAGCCCUAAAACCAGAAAAACCCUGACUGUUGAUCAGCCAUGGCGGACCAAGAGCUCGAUCCUUCAACCCCUUCAUCUCUUUACAUGCUCUCAGCUUUCCUUGCCAUGGAGCCCGCUGAAUCCUUGGUCGCCUUUGCCCGGGUAUGCGGUGAAGGAUCCGUUACUGAGACAGUACAGAGGUUCAUAUGGGACCAUUGCCUGAGCAAAGCAGAUGGAAAAUCUCAUGCGCCUUACGUGAGGAAUUUUCUAAAGAAGCUUAUAACUGAAGUUGAGCUGAACCAUGGUGUUGUUUUGGAUGAAUUAUAUGAACAAUAUGCUUAUUACAUGACAUCAUUGAAGGAUGAUAAUUUGGUGAAAGGAAAUGCAAGGGUCUGCAAAUUCAUUUCAUUUCUUUUCCCUGAUGGUUGUUCUGAGCUUCCAAGUUGUCCUAACUCAAGGAAAUUGGUGGUCCCACUACAAUGUUCCCUCAACAUGCUCAAAGGAGAUACUGGAUGUUCAGUUUGGCCCUCGAGUCUUUUUUUGUCAGAAUUCAUACUUUCUUUUCCUGAAUUAGUCUCUAAUAAAUCCUGUUUUGAGGUUGGAUCAGGUGUUGGUUUGGUUGGCAUUUGUCUUGCCCAUGUGAAAGCCUCAAAGGUCAUAUUAAGUGAUGGUGACCUGUCAACAUUAAUGAACAUGAAGCGUAAUUUGGAGUACAAUAAUUUGAACAUUGGAACUGCUGGUCCAGGAAGAGUUACUGACGGUCUAAAUAUGGUAAAAUGCAUUCAUCUGCCAUGGGAAUCUGCAUCCGAAAGCGGGCUUCAAGACUUAAGGCCUGAUGUUAUUUUGGGUGCAGAUGUAAUAUAUGAUCCUGUAUGCCUUCCGCAUCUUGUUCGCCUACUUUCAAUUCUUUUGACCCAGAGGAAAUCAUACUCCCAUAAGCAGAAUGACAGUAGGCAGGGCUCUUUGUCAGAUAGUAUUUCUGUUGGUGAUAAAGUCAAUCACAUUAAUCGAUGGAAUGCCAAUGAAAAGGACGACAGAUUGGAUGGUAAAGUCAAUGGUGCUAAGCAAGCGAAUACCAAUGCUAGUGGCGAUGGAUUUGAUGCUUGUGGAGGCAAAACAAUUUGGGAUGGCACCACUUGUGGGGCAAGGAAAGGACCAUUGGCUUAUAUUGCUUUUGUUAUUCGCAACGUUGACACAUUCAAUCAGUUUCUUUAUCUGGUAGACCAAGCCAACAUCACUAUUACAGACCUAACUGAAACGCUCAAACCCAUCAAUUUACUUCCUUACAUGCAGUCAUAUGAUAGAUCCAAUGUAAGACUACUUGUUCUAGAGUUGCUAUGCAUCAGCAAAGAAGAGAUGGAGGUGGAGGUGAUUCACUCAUGGUCCGCCCCGAGAUCCCUCAGUACCGGUCUCAUGUAUUCUUUUGCUCAGAGAGAUGACAUGGAAGUGCUUGAUGAACCCCUAUAUGCACAUUUCCUGCGGGUUACUGGCAUUGAUAGGCCCUACAGGGAGGAGCUACUCUCCAAAGUGGAAUCAGAUGGAAAUAAGGCUGUCAAAGAGGUCAUCUUUGGCCCAGGAAGAAAGAAGUAUCGAUUUUGUAAGCAUAUUGCGAAACAACACCUCUCUGGUUUGCCAAGUGAUUUGAUGAAGAAAGGAAAGCACUUUAUAUUGAUCCGAAAUCCUCUUGAUAUUUUGCCAUCCUUUGACAAAGUAGUGCCUCCGUCAUUUCGUGAGUUAGGUUUGGCAGAACUAGUCUCCAUAUACAAUGAGCUCUCGGAGUUGGGAAAGGCCCCACAUAUCAUUGAUGCAGCAGAUCUUCAGCGUGAUCCUGAGGCUACUUUGCGUGGUCUUUGUGAUGACUUGGAUAUUCCCUUUCAAGAAGCGAUGCUCAAAUGGGAAGCUGGUCCAAAACCAGUAGAUGGCAUUUGGGCACCAUGGUGGUAUAAAAGUGUACAUAAAUCAACAGGUUUUCAAGCAGCAAAAAAAUAUCCUGCGACAUUUCCUUUUUCUCUAUAUGGCUUGCUGGAGCAAAGUCUACCCUUGUACAACAUGCUUAAGCGCCAUGUGAAGCAGACAUCAUCCCUUCUAAAUCCCCCCUUGCCUCCUCCUGAUCUUCCGGUUCCUGCAAACGAGAAGCUGCUUGCAUGGGUUGGUGAUGAGAUUUUAACUCGUGACAGUGCAAAGGUUUCUGUCUUUGACUCAGUCGUCCAAGGCGGUGAUUCUGUUUGGGAGGGUCUUCGAGUUUACAGUAGGAAGAUAUUUAAGCUUGAUGAGCAUUUAGACAGGUUGUUUGACUCGGCAAAGGCUUUGGCUUUCAACAAUGUCCCUACUCGAGAAGAGGUCAAGGAAGCCAUCUUCGCAACUCUCAUUAGGAAUGGAAUGUUUGAUAAUGCACACAUCCGGCUAUCUCUAACUCGUGGCAAGAAGGUUACUUCUGGCAUGAGUCCGGCAUUCAAUCUUUAUGGUUGCACCUUAAUUGUGCUACCUGAAUGGAAGCCCCCUGUCUACGAUAAUACCCAUGGUAUAAUGCUGGUGACUGCUACCACGCGUCGGAAUUCACCAAAUAAUCUGGAUUCAAAGAUUCACCACAACAACCUCCUCAAUAACAUACUUGCAAAGAUAGAAGGCAAUAAUGCAAAGGCUGAUGAUGCGAUCAUGCUUGACAAGGAUGGUUAUGUCUCUGAAACAAAUGCUACAAAUAUUUUUUUAGUGAAGAAAGGUCGGGUUCUGACGCCCCAUGCUGAUUAUUGCCUUCCUGGCAUUACUCGAGCAACUGUCAUGGACCUUGUGAUAAAGGAAAAGUUCGUCUUAGAGGAGAGAAGAAUCAGCAUAUCAGAGUUCCACACUGCAGAUGAGGUAUGGACGACAGGUACGAUGGGAGAACUCACCCCGGUGGUAAAGAUUGAUGGCCGCAUCAUUGGUGAUGGAGAAGUUGGCCCUGUGACUCAAAGAUUGCAAGAUGCUUACAAAAAACUGACAGAAGAGUCGGGAGUGCCAAUACCGGCCUAUAAUGAGACUGGAUAGUUGAUACUAUGUUGUCAGAAGUGUGGGAGUCAUGGCCGGAAAUUGAAAGAACAUGGAAAUUGCUAAGGAGAUCAUGGGGAACAAAGAUUUGUGGGUGCCAAUCCCUUCAAUUUCUGAAAUUAAGCUUGCUAUAUAGGUAAAUAAUGUUUCUACCAGUUAUUUGGGGAUAUAUCAUUGCAUCAGGUCCCUGAUGUACUCAUGUAUUGCUGAUCAAUGCAAUAUUACAACAGAAGGAAUUGCAAAUUAACAUGCUUAAAGUUAUGUAAGCAAUAAAAUCUACAGUUGCUGUUGAUCUA